AUGCCUCGAACAACAAGAAGUGAAUCAUCAUCAUCAUCACGACGUUCUCGUUCACCUUUAUCUGAACAUGAAAGUAGUAGUGAACGAACAAAUGAAUAUCGUGUACAUAUCGCUGAAUUAAAACCAGGUGUACAAGAAAAUGAUAUA